UAUAUGGAGGUCGAGACACGCAAAUUGUUUUGACCGGCGAGUCAGCUCACUAUUUUUUAAUAUUUUACAUUGCUGCUUUGCUUGUUUUUUCUAAAUAAAUUUGCAAUCAGAAGUGCAAUUCAUCGUAUCUUUGGCUGAUAUAUUUAUACAUUUUCAACCUUUAAAAUGCACAGCAUGUAUGUAUGUGGCUUAAUAAUUUUUUUAAUUAUAAACAACGUUUUUCAACGCAAUUGUUCAGUUAAAAUGUAUCUGAACAUUUAAUUGCAAAGGGUUUCUAAAAAAAUUUUAAUACAGUUUAUAUACAUAACGUAUAUAUUUUAUUAACAAAAUGUCCUUGAGGAGAUUUAUGCAUGAAAGGAACAAGUAUAAAGAAGAGCCCAAUUUCAAGCAUUUGGCAAAUUUGUAUCCUGAAUUUCGGAAAAUCGUAUUCACAGAUAUUACAGGCAAAGUACGAAUAAAUUUUAAGGAUAAAGAAAGUUUGAAAGUCUUGACACAAACUUUAUUGAAACAUGAUUUUAACUUGGAUAUUGAUAUUCCUUCAAAAAAUUUAGUACCUGCACUUCCUUUAAGAUUGAAUUAUAUCUUGUGGAUUGAAGACUUAUUAAAACACAGUGGUAUUACUGAUUUGUCUGAUGUACAUGGGAUUGACAUUGGAACUGGUGCAACUUGUAUUUAUCCACUUUUAUUUUCUACAAUUUUUUUAAGUAAAAUGACUGGCACAGAAAUUGAUUCAGAUAGUAUAGAAUCUUCUUUGAAAAACAUUGAAAAAAAUGAUUUAACAGAUUUUAUCAAAGUGGUUUUAGUAAAAAAAGAAAGUAUUUUAAAGGAACUUUUACAAGAUAAUAGCAAAUAUACUUUUGUUAUGUGCAACCCACCAUUUUUCUUAACUGAUAAAGGAUUAGGCAAAAAGUCUAAACAAGAUCCACCAAGAAAUGCUCAGACUGGAAAUGACAAUGAAUUAACAGUUAAAGGUGGAGAAAGAGAAUUUAUUUCACGUUUAAUUCAAGAAAGUAUUGAAUAUAAAGAGCAAGUAAAAAUAUAUACAACCAUGUUUGGACAAAAAAGUACUUUAGGAUACUUGAGAACAGAAUUGACAAAGAAUGGUAUAUCCAAUAUGACUUGGACAGAAUUUUGUCAAGGCUUUACUAAGAGAUGGGGUAUUGCUUGGACAUUUAAUAAAAAAGAUGAAAUUAAUUUGAUUACUGCACCAGUGACCAAAACAAGAGCAAUUAUACAAAAGUUAAAAAAAGAUAAAUCAAUGGAUAUAGUAUUUCCUGCCAAAGAUGGAUUAAAUUCUCUUGACAAAGUUGUAUCUUCAUUGAAAAUUUGGAUUUCUGAAUUGAAAAUAAAAAUGAAAGAAAUAGGAUUAGACGAUGAUGACAGUCCUUGUUGGGCUUGUCAGCUGACAGGAUAUGAAGAUACAUGGUCGCAUGCUCGAAGAAAAAGACGUAUGGCUAAGCGUGAAGAAGCUUUAAAAAAGCAACGCUUGGAAAACAUAAAUUCCGUUGAUUCUGAAAACCUCCAAAUUGAACAUAAGGUUGAAACUGACCUCGAAGUCGAACAACAGGAUGAGGCAAAUACUCAAAAUGAAGAUCCUCUCUUAGUAUGUACACUUCUUGUAGGAGAAAAAGGCUUAGAUAACGAAUCCGACAAAUAUGACAGCGAAAGAGAGAGUGAAAAUGAGGAUUCAAACAACGAAAAAAUGCUGAGAAUCUGUAUGAUUUAUGAAAGUGGUUGUGGAGGUAAAUUAAGCUUAGAAAUGCUUCGCCAAUAUUUGGUCAAUAAAUUGAAUAUUCGCGAGUUUUUCCGCAAACAGCAGCCAAGCAAACCUAAUAAGAAAAAAAGGAAGAAGAAUAAAUUGAGACAGAAUAAAUAGUUAUUAAUUUAUCAGUUACAUAACAGAUGAUAAAUAUGUAAAUCAGGUAUUCAACUUCAUUUUUUUUUCGAUUAAUCCUUAUCUGCUAAUAUAUAUGUAUGGUACAGUUUCACUAACGAGUGCAAUAUGAUGUUUGGCAUAACAAACAUA